CUCUACGCAGCUGUACCACAAACAUAGUACUCACUACGUCAGCUACGGGAUGGCCACUCGUAGAUGAGAUAAAAAAUGGAUAAAGUCACGAUAACGGACUCUCUCGCGGUGGAUAAGGAUGGAAAUAUGGACUUAGAAGUUGUAUGUUUGAUGAGAGUUGGGAUGAAUUCAGACUGGCUUCGCUUGUUAGAAAACACAGAGGUUACGAUUGGCCGUGGUUUUGACGUGACAUAUCAGCUCUUGUCUGCAAGUUGCCCGUUAAUGAUUUCCAGGCUUCAUUGCACUUUUUCACAAAGAGAAGAUGGACAGUGGACAGUCACAGACAAGAAGAGUCUCAAUGGUGUUUGGGUAAAUGGAAUCCGCAUACCUGCUCACGAAGCCCACCUGCUUAAACUUGGUGACUCAAUACACCUCGGUGUUCCGGUCAUGGGAUCCAAAGUGGAGUAUGACUACAUGCUUGUGCAGCGACCACUCAGAGAAAUUAUACACAAACUGGCAAAAAGACAGGAGGGAGCCGCCAAUGUGGUGCCCGUAGCAAAUAAAACCAAGAGGAAGUUCACUGCUGAAGAAGUGAAGCCAUCCACCUCAGAGGCCAAAUUGUUCCGCUGCUCAAAUACGGACAAGUCAUUGGCACACCCAUGUCCUAUGCCUCCAGCCAAGCACCAAAGGCAUUCUCAGCUGCAGGAGACACCUCCCAAUCCACAUUUGGAAGGAACAAACCAGAGCUGUGGGGGCUUCGGGGACAUGGACAACUUGCAGAUGUACAGUCAGAACAUAUUGAUGCUCAGGGAGCAAGUGGACAACACAAGCAUGCAGGUCGCUUCGCUGGAGGGUAAAUCCCAGUCGGUCAACCCAUUCAGGGAAGAGCAGAUUAAGGUGCUAGAGAAGCAGCUGAAGACCCUUCGAGCCAAGAUGCAACAAAUGCAGACAUUUGAGAGAUCCUUUACUGAAACUAGGAUGCAACAAGAGGCUGAGAAAACACAGCAGCAAAAGGAGCUCAUGGAAAAACAGUUAGAGGAUGCCUUGAAGGAGAAGAAAAUAAUUGAUGAGCUUUCGCUCUCCCGGCGGAAGUUCGAAGAGAUUCUCUUGGCCAAAAACAUAGAGCUUGAAGUGACUAAGGAGGAAAAAGAAAAAGCAAGGGCCCAGAAGGAGGAAGUUGUCACACAAGUAACCGAGGUCCUUGAAAAUGAACUUCAAUGUAUCAUCUGCUCUGAGCUGUUUAUUGAGGCUGUCAUCCUGAAUUGCGCUCACAGCUUCUGCUGCUAUUGCAUCAAUCAGUGGCGCAAAAAGAAAGAGGAGUGCCCCAUUUGCCGACAGGCCAUCAACUCCCAGACACGUUGUUUGGCACUGGACAAUUGUAUCGACAGCAUGGUGGAGAACCUCAGUUUGGAUAUGAAGGCCAGACGUCAGAAGCUUGUUUCAGACAGGAAAGGAGAGCAUUUGCCGGCCGCUGCACAUGUAAUAGUGAAACAAGAUGAGGAGAGCGACAGUGAUGACAGUAGUGAGGGCGGAGUGGAGAUCCCCGACAGAACGCGCUCAACCUCUAGAACAGCUCGCAGCAGAUUCCCUACCAGUGACGAUGCGUUCAUGAUCCAAAGUGAAAGCAGUAGUGAUAGCGACAGUUACCACUAUGAUUUAAAUUACAGCUACAGCAGCAACAGCAGCAGCACAUCUGAAGACGCUGACCCAGUGCGCCUCUAAGGCCGAUUCAUAGGCCAUUUCUGUUUUGAUCUGGGGCUAUCAGCACGAGAGCAGCUAUAUACAGUAUGGCCAGUGUCCAUAACCGCAGCCCCAGCUGUGUGGACACCAACAAAUCAGUUUACUGGAAUUGUUUACUCUUGCCAGGAUGUCCCUGGGACAUUUCUAAAAGCACAUCUCCUUAAAUCUGUGUCAAUUUAGUUGCCAAAAUGGAUGUUUUCUAACUAAAGAAAUAAAAUUUCCUGUUCAUA